AUGACUAUGAAGAGUGAUCUCAGUGAAGUGUUAGAACUAGAAAAUAAAAUAACUUCACAUGAAGCCUACGGAAACUCAUAUAAAUGGUCUCCUAGAGAUUUUGAACUGGGCUCAGCAUUAGGACAAGGUAAAUUUGGGCAUGUUCAUGUCGCUAGAGAGAAGAAGACUGGUUAUUUAGUCGCAAUCAAAGCUUUAUUCAAAUCACAAAUUAUGAAGUCUAAAUGUGAAAGACAAGUUCUGAGAGAAAUUGAAAUACAAUCACAUUUAAAACAUCCAAAUAUUUUACGUUUACUGACAUGGUUCCAUGAUGAAAGACGAAUCUACCUCGUAGUGGAAUUUGCCGCAGGUGGAGAACUAUAUAAACAUUUGACAAAUUCACAUGAAGGCAGGUUUCCAGAAAGUAAAGCAGCUAAAUAUAUUUAUCAGGUAGCAGAUGCAGUUGAGUACUGCCACCAACACCAUGUAAUACACAGAGACAUCAAACCAGAGAAUAUCUUGGUAGCUUUCAAUGGUGAUCUAAAGUUAGCGGACUUUGGUUGGUCGGUCCAUGCUCCAUCAGAACGACGUAAGACAAUGUGUGGUACACUUGAUUAUCUACCACCGGAAAUGAUUAGACGUGAAGUUUAUGACGUAUCUGUCGACCACUGGUGUAUUGGUGUGCUACUUUAUGAGUUCUUAGUGGGGAAGCCACCGUUUGAAAGUGAGGGACAAGACAAGACGUAUGCAAAGAUUCUCACACUUGACAUGACGUAUCCAGAUUAUGUACCUGAAGGAGCUAAAGAUCUUAUUUCUAAGCUUCUACGACAUUCAAGCAAAGAAAGAUUGUCACUUGACAGAGUGAAAAAACAUUACUGGGUACAACAAUUUCAAAAUGUAUAAUAAUUGUUAAAACUGAAUAUAUAAUGUUUUAUUUUA